AGAAUCCUUGUCCAUGUUUUUGUCUUCUGUAUUGUAUGUUGUUUUAUUAUAAAAUAAAAAUAGUUGAAUAAUAAAUUAACAAUAAUUAAAUUCUCAAUUGAUAUAGUGGACUUUCUCUUGAAAAGUUCAACUGUGUUGUGAAGUGUAAAAUAUCAACGAUGGCUUUUAAGAAAGAUUUUAGACUUCUUUUGAGACCCUACUACUAUAUUAACCUUAUUUUGAGUUUUUCUUACCUAGUGGCUAAAAAACUUCCACCUCUGUGUACAUAUUUACAUCCGAUAAGUGAUACACAAUGUGAACUGGAUGCAGUAAGUAAUGAUAAAUAUUGUUAUAAUCUGAGUUUGAUAUCUCAACAUUUCAUCGUUAUGGUUGGUCUCCUACUGCCCGAGCCUACCUACUGUGGACCAGAGAACAUAGUGUACUUCCGGACAGCUUCCGGUCUUGACGAGGAGCUGGCGAGGGACAAGCGAGUGGUGUGGCUGGUCACGUUCUACACGGCUUGGAAUCCAGCCUGCGCCAACUUCGCUCCUGUUUUCGCCCAGCUUUCAUCAGAAUUUGCAGUGGUUGGUCUCCUACUGCCCGAGCCUACCUACUGUGGACCAGAGAACAUAGUGUACUUCCGGACAGCUUCCGGUCUUGACGAGGAGCUGGCGAGGGACAAGCGAGUGGUGUGGCUGGUCACGUUCUACACGGCUUGGAAUCCAGCCUGCGCCAACUUCGCUCCUGUUUUCGCCCAGCUUUCAUCAGAGUACAGCUUGGACAACCUGAAGUUCGGCAAGAUCGACGUGGGCCGCUACCCGGACGCGGCUACCAAGUACCAGAUCAGCGACUCGUCGAUGAGUCGGCAGCUGCCAUCUGUCCUCAUGUUCCGCGACGCCAAGGAGGUGCUCAGGCGACCCGCGCCCGACUCCAAGGGCAAACUGCAGCGCUUCUUUUUCUCCGAGGACAAUGUGAAGGCAGCCUUUGAUCUGAACAACCUGUACGCAGAGUGCAAGAAGAACCCCCUCAAGAAGAAAGGAGCUUUGAAAGAUGACGAGCAAAAGAAAGUGCAGUAAGAGAACAUUGGUUAGUUUCGAACUGCCACGCUGUAAUUCCCCUAUUCUGUCGACUAUGUUAGGUAGAUCAAAUAUGCAUUUAAUGUGUUCAUUUUAUUAGUUGUUAUCUGGCUAGUUCCGCUUUGAGGGCUGUAGGCUGUAAGCUUCAUCUUAGUUGAAUGUGUUACCGUCCCAUUCUGUGUGAGAUAUUUUCAAGGCUUGAAACUAUAGAUAAACAUCCAUAAAAUAUAAAAUAACAGCGUCAGUACUCGAUUAGACCUGGAUAUUUUGUGAUCAGGUUAGUGAAUAGGGUCUAUGCCUUCCGUCGUGUUACCGAUCAGAUUAUUCAAGUUAUGCGGACUUGCCUAUAAAUCUAGCUAGAAAUAUGAUUAUAUGAGAAAAAACCUGAUACGAAAUUCAACUUGACGACUUUCACUAAUGAACCACUGUAACACAAUCGUAACUUAUAUAUCUAUUUAAUUUUUAUAUAGUGAGAAAUUUUUAGAAGAUGAUUGUCAUUUUUAAAGGAAGAUAAACAUAGCCUUGAAUUUUUCAAUUUCGACCAGAUAGACACAUAUUUGAUUGGAUAUCAAGCCACAGAAAUGUGCGAUCGCAUAUCAAGAGCUGGCUCACUAUUGGCAUAUAAAAUAGGCAGGUCUAAUGGGGCCCGAAUGAAGUUUCUAUGCUAGGUACUUGAUUAUCUCUCAUCUAAGGGCCAUAUGCACUAUCUCAGUUUAAACUAAGGUGAUUGAUCUGCUGUUGGUUUAAACCAGGAAUGAAACGCAUUAUAAUAAAUGUAGAUGGUGCGUAUGGGCCAUAGUAACUUACCUCAAGAUCACUUAUUGAGAAACAAAACAUUUGAUCUAUCAUAGUUCUGCUCAAGCUCAAGUAUUAUUCAUGAAUAGCUAGCUACCAAUAAGAAGUUUGUGUUAAAUUGGCUGUAAUCAUUCAUGACGAUACUACUGUUGAAUUGGAUCUUAACAUUAAUGAUCUACUCGGUAGCUAUUCUAGAAGCUCAAACUCCUCCCAAUUAUGUAAAAAAGUAACUGUUUUGGUGAAUUUGAGAGAUGAUGAGGGAGGAUGGAUAGAUAUAUCAAUUUACAAUAUCAAUAUGUUUGAAAAAUAAUUAAGAGAAGGCAGUGAAAUACUGUAAAACUCUCAAAUAUACAAAACGAAAGCAUGCUUCAGAUUUUUUACUGUUUGUAAUAGUUACAACAGUCAUGACUUCUAAUUUAUUCGACAAAUAUCCAAUUAUUGUAUUCUAACUAUUUCAUAUUGGAUAUUAUACUUAUUUACAAGUAUUAUAUCUCUCUCAUUAAUAUGCUUAUAACUAUUAAGAUCAGCUCUCAUGUGCUUCUUAUGGGUCUGAAAUCUUCAUUAUUCAAAUCUAAAAUUGUUUUAAAGGUUCUCUUAAAUUAAGUAUUUCACAAAAACUAGUCAAUUGGUCCUUUGUAGUAAGUUAUAUCAACUGUAGUAUGUUUUAUAAACUGAAUAGUGUUUAUAGGUAUGUUUUCAACUCGCACAUUGUGUAGGAGCUAUAAUAGUAAGAUAGUAAUUAUUAUUGUAAUGUAUUUAUUACUUUAGUUUUUGUUUGUAGGCUACCUGACUUUUAUUGUAAGAUUACUGUCAGUUAAAAUGAUCAUAUUGAAAGUACAGUUGAACACGAUACAGUUAUUAUAAUAUAUUUCAACUAAUGAGGACAAUUAUAAAAAGGAAAAAAAUGAAAAAAGAAAGAAGCACAAUUAUUAUCUAAUUUUAUACCCACUUUCAAGCCAAAACUUUUGUAGAAAUCAUCCUGCAAAGCAAAUUUAAAAUUGAAAAUUUCAAUCGAUGAAUCAGUCACGGGAAAUAUUUAUCGAGCACCAAAUUCUAUACAAUUUGUGAAUGUUCUAGUCCUGGUGGAGGCUAAUAUCUUGAUUUAAAAUUUUUCUGACAGAUAAUUCCCAUCAUUUCUCCUUCUUUUUAGAAUCUUUCAUUUGAAUAUCUUGAAGCAUGUUACCUCAAAUAAAUUUCCACCGUUAAUAUGGAAUAAUUUUUAUCAUCAUUAUUGAGAUUGACUUGAAGCUCAGAGCUUCAUUAUUAUCAGUAUUAUUUUUCGACUCUGACAAACUGAUAUUCCAAAUACAUCUUCGUGGUGAACCUCGUAAAUCCAAAACUCUAUCAAAGUCUGCGGUGGUAUACAAAACCCUGGCUUUUCUACCACGAAACUCAUCUUUGCUAGUAUAUAAUAUAAACUACUACUUAAUAGCCUGUGCUUCAU